GGGCUAUCACUUUCGGCGCGGCCGGAAGUGGGCGCGGCCUUCGCAGUGGCCGUCGGGAAGGCGGGAGCUGCGGCCUGGUUGGGGCACAAAGCGCCCGGCGGGGCGGAGUGGGGCGUUUCUUGGAGUCGGGGACGCGCCCGCGUGCCCGAGGUCCGGCGCGCGCGCUUUGGGCGGGAAGCCGGAGGGGGCGGAGAGAGCAGGCGGAAGGAGGGGCGGGGCAGGACAAUGGCCUGUCCUCCGCCUGCGGCUCCGGCGCCUCAAUAAAGUUGCCUUGGUUUUGAAUGCGCGGGGGCGGGGGCGUGUUUCCCGCCGCCGCCGGGGUCAAGGGGCCGGGGUCGCGCGCUCGCGCGCGCGCGCGCGGCGGGACUGAGCUGAGGUAAGCGCGGGGCGAGGAGGCACCAGCGCCAGACGAGGCACGGACCGGACCGGACCGAGCGCCGCCGCACCGCCGGGACCAACCACCGCCUCCGCCGCAUCGCCCCCCGCUCCGAUGGCGGCUGCUAAGGAAGCUCAUGAGGAGCAUGACACCUCCACAGAGAAUGUGGAUGACUCCAACCACGAUCCGCAGUUUGAGCCCAUCGUGUCUCUCCCUGAGCAGGAGAUUAAGACCCUUGAGGAAGAUGAAGAAGAGCUCUUUAAGAUGCGGGCCAAACUGUUCCGAUUUGCGUCUGAGAAUGACCUUCCAGAAUGGAAAGAGCGAGGGACGGGUGACGUGAAGCUGCUGAAGCACAAGGAGAAAGGGACGAUUCGCCUCCUCAUGAGAAGGGACAAAACCCUGAAGAUCUGUGCAAAUCACUAUAUCACACCGUUGAUGGAGCUGAAGCCCAACGCAGGCAGCGACAGGGCCUGGGUUUGGAACACACACGCCGACUUUGCUGAUGAGAGCCCCAAGCCUGAGCUGCUGGCAAUUCGAUUCCUAAACGCAGAAAAUGCCCAGAAGUUUAAGGCAAAAUUUGAAGAAUGCAGGAAUGAGAUAGAAGAAAGAGAAAAGAAAGCAGGAGCAGGCAAAGAAAUCACCAACAAAGUGGUGGAGAAAUUGUCAGAGCUGUCGGUGAAGGAGGAGAAGGAGAAAGAGAAAGAGGAGGAGGAGGAGGAGGCGGGCAGCCAAGAGCCUGGGAGCCCCAAGGCGCCUGAGAAGGAGACCAAGGACCAGGAUGUGUUACUGCAAUAAAUCAUCUCACGGGCCUCGCCUGCUUUCCUUUUAUUUUCUUUAUUUUUGUUUCAUUUUGUUUGUUUUGGUUUUUUUACAAGGGACUUUAUAUAAAGAACUGAAUUCCAGCCUCCAGGUUGUUUUCUAAGCUUUUACCCUUUCGAAGAUGUCUUCAGCAAAUCCAUUCCCAGUCACAUGUACUGCGCUCAUAACAUUCUUUUCCAUAGUGGAAACACUUAUUUAUAGCACAUCCAAAAGUGAAUAAAACGUUUGAAAGCUGCCUCCAAGGACAGGACUGAGUUUUAUGUGUUUACUUAAACACGUUGGUGGCUGUAACUCCUGGCAGUGGUUGUUGUCCGGUGCCUUUGUCUUUGUGUUGGUGACUUAGGGGGUUUUUGGGGGUUGCAUCGUUAAGUUCGAUGGUAUCAUUGGCAAGCUUUGAUUGGGAAGGCCCCCAUUCCUCCAAAGGUAGAUGCUUCUUCAUUCAUGAUGUACCAGCAAACCCAGCACAGUUGCAGCGUUAUCUCCUGGGGCACAGUUGGCAUUGCUUGAGUUGUUAAGUCGUCCCAUGGACCCUUACCCUUGGGAAGCCAUGGAGUAGGGCACUGUGCUUUCUGGAUACCUUAGUGUUGUGGCCUUGGCCAGCCUGGGAGUUGAGGGGAAGUUAGGGGAAGCAACUUUUGUAUGGCCUUUGUUUGUGGGUCACGGCUUUGGGAGCUCCCUUGGCAGGCACAUGGGCCAGAUUGGGGGUUCCACGCUUGGUCCUUGUUCUCUGUAAGCUGCACCUAUGUGUUUCACUCCUCUGGCAUAAGACACUUCCCCCAAAGGCGGCCUCCCUGCACCCAAGACACUUGUCCUGGGCCUGUGGAACAUUCCUAGUGUGGUGGGUCAGUACAAGAGUCGGGCUUGCUUGGCAGAGGACACUGCCUGUCACCUACAGGAGCUAAGGUGACGCCUGGGCUCUAGCAGCCCAGCUGAGUUGGGGGGAGACCCUGGUGAUGGAUGGGUGACACCUGCAGCCUCUAGCGGAAGGAAGGAUAGGAGGAACAGGCAGCGAGGCUUCCCAAGUUUGUGGUGCUGCCCAGGGUGGUCCAGGUCUGAGUGGAAGAAAGGCAUGCUUAGUGUCCUGCAUGGUCCUGAGCACUGCCUGGGGGGUGGGCAGCCUCAGGCAUCCCUUCCCAGGAGAUGAAGUCUGUCAUUCCCCAGAAGUGAAGAAUACCUCAGCUGCCUGCAUGCCCUCAGGGAAGUCAGCACUUGGGUGUGGCUGUGUGUUGUCCUCUCUGCCUGCUUGCUCUCUCUGGCUGCUCACCUGAAGUUUUGCCCUGGUCUGAGUUUUAAGCCAAGAACUUUGAGCUUGCUUAAAAUGAAAGGCCUCCCCUAGGGAUGAUGUUUUUACAGUUUAAUUGCUGAAGGUUUUAGGUUUUUUAAACAUUUUAUUCUGUCAUAAGCUUGAGAAAUGUCGACUGGCCGGGUACCCGGCGAGAACAGAAAGCCACCCAGGCUGGAGUUUUAUUUCCACUAUUCACUGUGAGCUUUGGAAAGCAACACAAACGGUUGAAAAGCAUAUUAGUCUAUAGUGUUUCUUAGUAGUAGUAGUCACAGGACUCACUUCAGUCAGAUUUUUAAUCUUGGCAGGUUCCCUUCAGUUGUUUUCCUUCCCCCCCACCAAAGGUGCUUUAUUUAAAACAAAGAAAGCAUGUCCGUCUCCCCUGCUGAAGGUCCUACUUAGCAUCUUCCACGAGUUCACCUGUGUUUAUGAUGUCCCAACUAUAGAUGUUAACGUUAUGACUUGGUGUUUUCCCUCUUUGGGUCUGUGUUUGUCCAUUUAAAAAUACCAGCCCCUGGUCCCUUCUCAGUGGAGUGCCCUUCCAAAGGAAGAGUAUGAUUGUUUUAAAGGGGAAAAAAAAUACAAACUGACUAACCGGAAGCUUCCUUCUCCAACUGCUAAACUUUUGUUCUUGUAAAACACGGUGAUUCAGACCAUGCUGGGCAAGUUGGUGAAGGAGGAGGUCAAAGACCCCUUCAGAAAUCAGCUUUAGCGCAAUAAAGAGUUAAGCGAUUGCACAUGAAAUCGAAUGUUCUCUUAAUGCUCUCUGGUGUUGAUACAUUGGAAACAUGAAACUGUACUCCAUGAAUGUUCUGUUGGCUUUGUUUCUUCCUGUACUGUCCCCACUGGAGUGAGAUCUUGGGGAGCAGGAGGGUAUGUUUUUAAAUGCUUUCAUUGAAGUUAAUGUGUGUAUGAGGGGAUGUGUGUCCCCUUGAAACGGGAAGCCAGGGAGGGGUGUGGGGUUUAAGCGUACCAGGCACUCAGCCUUCCCCUUCCAAAAAGAGAUCUUGUCUCACUGUAAUUGUUUUGUGUUCCAAUAAAGUGCCACUUAAUGUA